GACUGAGUAUAGUGGAUAUUCCAAUCAAAGCGGGUAAAGAUGUUCGUGAUGUUUAUUCUGGCCGUUGCGCUCAGUGUUCUUGCGGGAUGUCAUGCAAACUCUUACAGAAUGGGUGGUUGUCCCCGAGUCACAGUUAUGAAGUCCUUGGAUUUCGACAGAUUUUCAGGAUAUUGGUACGUUGUUAAGAGGUUCAACCCCAUGGCCACAUGCACCAAAAUAUCUAUUGAGAAAGGAGCAGAAGAUGUUUAUACAGUGAAUGAAACAAGCAGGCCAUUUGGACUUAACUUAGGUUUCAACAACCAGUACAUGAAGGCAAGGAAGUUGAAGUUUCUAAGGAACGAUACAAAUUCUAUAUUCAGAGUUGACAGAAAUUUCGCCCAUUUUGCUUUGAGUACUUUCGGAGUCGUCAACACUGAUUAUGAUAACUACGCAGUAGUAUGGGGCUGUGAUCCAGUGCUCUUCGGCAGUAUCCAAAAUAUUGACAUUUGGGCUCGUGACCCCAAGCCUAGUGCUGAUGUUCUCACGAGCACCAAAAAUGUGAUUAAAGAGAUGGGAGUCGACUCCAAUCCUCUGGAAAAUGUUCACCAGAGCGGAUGCCAACCUGCUAGUCAGAGUGGAGAAGGUGAAGCUGAAAAGGUCGACAAGAAUACCAAUAACAUUGUUGUGGAUGGACCUUGAGUGCCAAGUGAUAUGAUCACUUAAUUUGUAAAUAUAUUUUUAAAAGCUUAUCGAAGUUUUGUGAUUUUCAAAUUGUGUUGUUUUCCAAUCAAUGUAUGAUAUAUGUGAAUUGUGCUAAUUAUAUCUCAUCGUGUAAUUCUUUCAUCAUUUCUGGUUAACGAAAUUAUAGGAAAAGUACUUGCUUCACCACAGAAUGUAAGUUCCUACGAUGUUAAAUAAAAGUGUAACAUUCCAUUUGAAAA